AUGGCUGCAGAAGCCGAGAACAACGACAAUGCUGCGGAACAAAAGCGCCAGCAUGGCAAACGGGUGCGCUAUGGAGAGAUUGUUCAACUGAAACAUCGCUUCACCAGCAAAUACUUACACAUGUGUACCACACAGACAAGCCAGCAUGACAAGAACAAUAUGAUGAUUUCAUUAAACGAGUUCAACGCCAAGAAUGCACAGUUCCGAAUUUUGCCCAGAUACAAAGUGAAGUCAGAAGGGGAAGUGGUGCAACUAUUUGACCAAAUUGUAUUUGAAAGUGUUAAAUCCCCAGGACAUUUCUUCCAUGCCAGUGAAAAGUUCCAGAUAGACUGCUAUUCUGAAGGUUCAGAACUAAAUCUGGGAGUGGAAAAAUCCAGUUUCACACUUGUUGGCUGCUACAGAGAAGAUCUAGAAGACAACAGAUUUGUUCGGGGAGGAUCUGUGAUUCGGUUGUUUCACAAAGAAUUGGAAGCUUAUCUUGUUGCUGAAGGUCUGUUUGACGAAAUCAUCACCGAAAACGUUCAUUUUCGUAUUCGGGUCAUGGAUCAACACCACCCAAAGACUAUGUCACCAUCAACUUCCGGAAACACAUAUUGGCAGAUAGAAUCUGAGUCAAGCAUAUUGGAUGGUGAAGUAUUAAACUGGGAGCAGCAGAUUCGCCUGCGACAUUUGGCGACUCGCCAAUAUCUGUGUAUAAACUCCAAGUCCGAGGUAUCUUUGACCACUGACCAAACCGAUCCCCGCACUGUGUUCCGGCUACAUUCAGUUUUGAAGGAGAGGAAUCAAAUUCAAUUCGAAAGUUAUGCAAGGAUUGAACACAUGCUGACUGGUUACUGGCUCCACGCUCUGAAAGAUGAAGACUAUGAACGGCAUUCGUUUGAAGAAGGCAAUGGAAAAUCCAUGAGUGGAUUACGAUGGGACGGAGCAUCGACUCGGAAGGUAUCUUCGUCGAAUGAAAGCCAGUAUGACGAUGCCUACACUCUACAAUACGUGGAUGAUGAGGCUAUCAAAGAUUUUAAUUUUGUUGCCGGCAUGGUGCCAUUCCUUUAUAAUUUGGUCAACCGUCAUGAACUACAUUUGAAUGCAAGAAUAACACACGGCAUCAUUGCUGGGAUGAAGGAGCUGAAGACGUUUAUCAUUCCGGAUGGGCGACCGGACAAAAAUCGACAGAAACUGAUGAGAAAUUUGAGAGUGAUCGAUCUGUUAGUGAAGAUCCUGCAGCUGCCACUCCAAGGAGCUGAAGAUGAAAGUUAUAUGAUUCGGAUCUUCAAAGAAGCCUAUGACGUGUUACAUGCUUACAUGAUUGGAAGAAGCAGGAAGAACGCUUUGUAUUUUGCCAAAUACAUCGAUUUUUUCCAAACACAGUUCUCGCAGAAAGGUGGUAUCGGUCUGAAUGUUGCCCAAAUGAUUGUGGAACUCAUCAGAGACAAGCGAAAGAUUGUGGAUCGAAUCGGGCAUUCAAACAUUGAACUGUUCAUCAAUCUGUUGAGGGAGAAUCCU